GUGUUGGGAAGCAACAAACUGAUUUGUGACAAGAUGUACGAGGAAUUGGAGAUGAUUUCGAUACAAACUACGAAGUGUGGCUUUAUACAUGUGUACGUUCAAGGCAAUUUAGAUGACCGGAAUGGCAAAACUAUCAUUAUGACUGUACAUGACCUUGGAACAAAUUAUAAAAGUUUUGUGCGCUUUUGCAACCAUCUAUCAAUGGCUGAUGUAAAAGCGAAGUCAAUUUUUUUGCAUGUUUGCAUUCCUGGUCAGGAAGACAAUGCACCGGAUUUUAUGGGAGAUUUUCCAACGCUUGAUCAACUUGGUGAAGAUCUUGUUUGUAUACUCGAUAAAUUAGAUGUGAAAACAUGCAUUGCAUUUGGUGAAGGCGCUGGUGCCAAUAUUAUUUGUCGUUUUGCUAUGUCUUCUCCAAAUCGAAUUAUGGGAAUUUGUUUGGUGCAUUGUACUUCAACUACCGCCGGAAUUAUUGAAUAUUGCAAGGAUAAACUCAUCAACAUGCGGCUUGAGUCAGGUGUCAUGUCACAAGGUGCGUGGGAUUACCUCACAAUGCACAAGUUUGGAUCUACCGACAAACGAGAAAAGCAGGCAUAUAUUGAAGAGCUGAAGAGUUGCUUGAAUCCGAAGAAUCUUAGCAAAUAUCUCUAUAGUUUUUCAAAGAGGAGUGACAUAUCAUCUCUCAUUGGUACUAAGUUGAAUAACAUGGAUGCGCUUUUGAUUACUGGUGCACGGGCAUCACAUUUGCAUACUGUCUACACUACACAUAAGUCAAUGAAUAAGCGAAAGACGACACUGUUGGUUGUGGAUAACGUUAGUGAUGUAAUGGCUGAAGCGCCCGAAAAACUGGCACGUUCAUUAAUUUUGUUAUGUAAAGGUUGUGGUGUGUUAUCUGGAGUAGCCAUUCCUGGAAUGGAGCGGCAACGUACACUAAGCAGCUCAAUGGAAGAAGCAGAUCGUCCACGACGUUUCUCGCUUUCACAACCGACAGCGCCUGUUUUUCAGUGACAUUACCCAUACUUUCGUAAAAAGUGACCAAUUUGGAGACCUUUUUUCUGGCUCAAAACUAUCAAAUCCAAAUCUCUUUGGCACACUCUUCAUCCGUCAUGAAGCACUUCUGUGCAUAUUUAAAACUAUCAAGACCAAAUCAACCCUACUCCAGUUUUUCUGAAUAAUACAUUUUGCCACAGCAUGGUUUUUUAACACUGGAAAUGGACCAAGUUAAACUCGAAAACAAUGAAUUUUGCUGCAAACUCACUUUUUGUUAACUCAUCUCCCUGUAUAUUUCUUUCAUACCUAAGAAAUUAUGUAUAUAUAUAUUGUCCAGAAAAAUGCAAGAGUGGAUGAGGAGUACAUUAACUGCUUUCCAAGUGCCAUUUUUUUCUUUUUCCCAAAUUUCGUAUUGUAAUAAGUGUUUCUUUCCCGAAUAAGACGAAAUGUGAUAUAUAGUUCUCUUUAAUUUAUCAAAAAUUUCGGCGCUUAUUCUCACUGAACAAUACCAUUUACUUUAUACCUCAUGGAACCUUAAGUAUGACAAGAUGAAUCACUGAUAUUAAUCCCGCACCAUCUAUUGCUAGUAUUGUAGACAUUUUGAAAUCAGUCUUUUUCUCUUAAUAAUUCCUUUUAUAUAAUCAAAUCCAUUCCUUUUUUAUCCUAAAAUUUGAACGGCAGCAUCAUCUUUCCGCAUCCCUUCAAUAUCCAUCCUGCCGCUUAGUAUCAAUUUAUUACAGCUUUUCGCCCCGCAUCCUUGAACACACCUGUAUAUAUUAUAACAUACUGCAUUGACGAAA